AUGGCGGGCGGGCAGCACCCUGUGAAACUCUUUGUGAUGAACGGAGACGGAGGAUGGGACUGUGCAGGCAAGGGGCAAGUUUCAACCAUUUACAUUGAGCGACUGGAGGGCAUGUGUCUGCUUGUUCAGUCAGAGUCAGAUGACUCGGUGAUUUUGGAGUCCAAGAUAAAUCUGGACACACUCUAUCAGAAAAAGCGGGGCACGUUAAUUGUUUGGACUGAUGCUGAGAAUGUGAAUAAAGCGCUGAGUUUCCAGCACUCAGAAAGCUGUCAGGAGAUCUGGGAAGAAAUAUGCCAAGUUCAAGGUAAAGAUCCAACAGAAGAAAUCACACAAUACGGUUUAGAUGAAACAGGACAAUUUGAUGAAAUAUUAGAAGACAGUAAUAUUGAGUCGCCUGACUGUGAACUUAGUACCGUUGCUGAUCUUGCAGAUUUCUUUAACUCGUUUUUUGUUUCACCUAACCGUAAGGAAAGGCUGAUUCGAAUCUUGGAAAAUGGGGGUUAUCUUAAAAAAUUACUUGAGCUAUUCCAAAUUUGUGAGAAUAUGCAUGAUACAGAAGCAUUACAUCAUUUGUACAAUAUUGUUAAAGGAGUCUUACUCCUUGAUAAAACUUCUCUGUUUGAGAUUAUGUUUUCUGAUGAGUGUAUUAUGGAUGUGAUAGGAUGCCUUGAGUAUGACCCUGCUUUGGCUCAGCCAGAAAAGCAUAGGGAAUUCAUUACCCAAAGCGCAAAAUUCAAAGAAAUUGUGCCAAUAACAAAUUCUGAAGUUAAGAAAAAGAUACAUCAGACAUACAGAGUAAAGUACAUUCGUGAUAUGCUUUUGUCUACACGAACCCCAAGGGAAGAAAAUUUUCUCCCCUCUCUUACUAACUUUAUUUUCCUCAACAAGACUGAUAUAGUCAGCAUGCUACAGGAAGAUGACACAUUUUUCUCUGAAGUAUUUACACAGUUAAAGGAUAAGACUAUGGCUGAUGAUAAACGGCUUGAACUGUUAAUUUUUUUCAAGGAAUUCUGUGAAUUUUCCCAGGCUUUAUAUCCUCAAAGCAAAGACACAUUGCUCAAAAAAUUUGUAAGAUUGGGAAUUCUUCCUGUUCUUAAAAAUGUUAUGAGUGUAGACGAUUUCCAAGUAAAGCAAGCUGCUACAGCUAUAUUUGCUUGUCUGGUGGAGUACAAUCCAUCCAUAAUCCGACAGUUUGCAAUGGAUGAAGAUCAGGAGUGUAAAGAUGAUGAACUUCUAAUUAAUGUAGUAAUUGAACAAAUGAUCUGUGAUACUGAUCCUGAACUUUCAGGUGCCAUGAAUCUAAUGGCACCUCUUUGCUCUCUGCUUGACCCAGAGACAAUGCUGAUAUCAUCUUAUGAAUAUGAAAGAAGUAAAUUUCUAAAUUUCUUCUAUAACCAUUGCAUGCAUAACUUGACAGCACCACUUUUAUCCACCACUGAAAAAGACAAAGAAGAUGAUGGAUUUGGACCUGACCAAAACAGAAAUUGCCCGAGUGUUGUUCGUUUAAUGAGAAAGAUGAUUGGACUUAAAGAUCCACAAUAUAAUCAUUACAUCAUACGGGGAAAUCUUUUUGAGCCAAUUGUAAAUGCUUUUCUGGCUAAUGGAACUCGCUACAACAUUUUAAAUUCAGCUAUUAUUGAGCUAUUUGAAUAUAUAAAUGUGGAAAAUAUCAAGUCUCUUACUGUACAUGUAGUCAAAAAAUUUUAUAAGGCUUUUGAAUCGAUUGAGUAUGUACAGACAUUCAAAAAUUUGAAGAGUAAAUAUGAACAACAGAAAGACCAACAAAGUCAAGUAAAGCAGACUUUACAUUCGACAGCAUAUAGAGAUACCAAACACAUGACGGUGAAGAAGGAAAUAUGUUUUAACAUAGAUACAAGAGAAGAAGCUAUGCUACCAGUGGGAAAUGAUCCAGAUGGUGAUGAAAACCUUAUGGAAAGUAAAAGCACAGAAGAAAAUGAAAACAAUGUAGGCCCUCCCAAAAUAACAUCUUCUAGUGUCGUUAGAGUUGCUUCAGCUUUUUCUGGUGGUGCUGGUGAUGGACUAAGUAGUCCAUGCAGUAGCAGUGUGACUACCUUAGUGGAUUAUCCAGAUGAUGACAAUAAUGAGGAACACAGAGAAGAUAAACCACCACCCACAAAAAGACCAAAUCAAAGCUCAUAA